GGGGAGUGCGGUGAUGAGGAUGAUGGCUGGUGGUGGAGUUGGGUCUUUCUUCCUGCUGCUUCUCGCCGUUGUCGGGACUACAGGGCGGAUCCAUCGCCUCACACUCAAGGAAGAUACAAGGUCAAGAGUUCACUUGAACACUUUUGGGUACUACACUAAUGGAACCUUGUUAGUAAACCUUACAAGUCUACACUUUAGAACAGACAUCGCCUUGGAGAAGAUUUUAAUUGGGUUCAGCCUUUCAAAACCAAAGACUGAAGGUGUGACACCAUAUACCACGGACAACUCCGACAUGUGUUUGCUGAGGAAGUACAACAAUCCCAAUGGUGAAUCCAUCAUCCUCUUUAAGUUUGACUUGAAGAAUAAAACAGUGUCUAUGAAGAAGUCUGGCCCACAAACGCAGUUGUUGAUAUCGGAUUCGGCUCUUGAUGGCUCAGCAAGGGCAAAGAAAGAAGAGAAACCAGCGCAGGACAAAGGGGGAAAAGUAGAAGAGCAGAAGGUGCAACCUUCAGGCAAAACCAGAAGAAAAAGAGGAACGGAAAAUAAUAAAAACAAAGACGUGACGAAAGGAAAAGUGGAAACUAAAAAGAGGGCAAAACCGGAAACGCAAGAAGAAACCUUCAAGCUGGGAAAAACGAAUGAUUCCUACAGCUUCACAUUCUAUAUGAAGGUUCCAUCACCAAAUGUGCAAGGACUUUAUACACUCCGUUUUCAUAAUUGCUAUGAGGCACAUUCGGGGAACAAGAUUGUUCCAUUCGAUAUGACUGUUGAGAUCACAGCAAAAAAUCCUCGGAACUAUCUUUCUGCUGGUGAAAUCCCAUUACCACUGCUGUACCUGGUUAUGGCUGGAUUCUUCUUUACUGCAGCCUUAUUCUGGGUUUAUCUACUUCUUAAACACAGGUACAGCGUGUUUAAAAUCCACUGGCUGAUGGCUGCCCUGGCAUUCACCAAGUCUAUCUCCAUACUGUUCCAUGCUAUAAACUACUAUUUCAUUGCUGUCAAAGGAUCAGCUAUUGAAGGCUGGGCUGUGAUGUACUACAUUACCCAUCUGUUAAAAGGUGCCUUACUCUUCAUUACUCUGGCCCUGAUUGGCACAGGCUGGGCCUUUGUGAAAUAUAUUCUGUCUGACAAAGACAAAAAGAUAUUCAUGAUUGUGAUCCCACUACAGGUGCUGGCAAACACAGCUUAUAUAAUCAUUGAGUCGACUGAAGAAGGGACGAUGGACUAUGCGUUGUGGAAGGAAAUCCUGUUCCUAGUGGACCUUAUCUGCUGUGGGGCGAUCCUGUUUCCAGUGGUUUGGUCAAUCAGACACUUGCAAGAAGCCUCGAGCACAGAUGGUAAAGCUGCAAUGAAUCUGGCGAAGCUGAAACUCUUCAGGCAUUUCUAUGUCAUGAUUGUCUGCUACAUAUAUUUCACCAGGAUCAUCGCAAUUCUUCUCAAGUUCACUGUUCCAUUUCAGUGGCAGUGGAUGUAUAAUUUUCUAGUGGAGGUGUCAUCACUCGUGUUCUUUGUACUGACCGGGUUCAAGUUUCGACCGGCCUCCAACAACCCCUACCUACAGCUGGCGCAGGAUGAGGAUUUUACGAUGGAUGAAGUGCUCACCGAGUCGGGCUUGUUGACAGGUGUAACGAAAGUGAAAAAGACCAGCAAUGGACGAGAACAAAUUCGAGACUCCUCGGUAUGAAACCGGCCGUUUUUGGAUUGCUCGAUUCCACGGCAACGAGGCCUGACCCUCCAGCUAGAAAUUGGGAGAAAGAACUGGUACAGGAAAUGCGAGUGGUUAAAAUGUGUUGGGCAAUCACUGGCUCCUGUUGCAAUUCCAGUUCGCUAACUGUUAGAGUGCAAAUAAAGUGGUUCCUUGAUCUGUACAUAUGUAAUACAUAUAUUAUAUCUUUCUAUGAUACUCUAGCAGGAAGUAUUUUAUUUCUGAACCUCUAUGACCAAACUCUUAGGAUCAGUGGAGAACGACAUUGUUGCAAUAUACUUCAGUUACUGUUUCCCUGUGUGGUUUUUCUGCCAUCCUUUGGCAGGGAAGCACCAGUGGUUUUUAUCUGCGAGUCUCCUCUUUGUCAGCAGCACUUUGUGCUGUGUGAUAACCCUCUCUUUCUUCUCUCGUCUGCAUGGCCUUGUAUUUGAAGGAUGGCUUGCCCCGGCUAAUGUGUCUCCCAGCUAAGCCUGUAGCUGAGAUCCUUGCCAGGAAAGCCGAACCACAACCGGUUUGACAGCAUGCGGGCAUUAUUUAAUUCUGUUACUCAGCAUCUGGUACUGGGAGGUAAUUGAUCCACAAACUAUUGGAGCAUAUUAGAGAGAGCUUCUCUUGUAAUUGAUCGCAGUGAAAUGUUUAAUUUUUUUUAAUUUUUGGAAGGGAAUAGGACUGGUGGUAGGAGGUGUUUAGAAACAGCUCCUGAAAAGCUUCACCUUCCCAGAGUGAAAAUGAUUUGCCAGCACAGUGGUGAGACGCCUAUCUUUAUGUAGGUUACUUGUGUCUGGGCAGUAACCUCUCUCCAAGCAUCCCAAAGCUCCAAGCAUCCAAAGCUGGUUAUACUUCAGAUUUCCUGUUAUUUGUAUAAAGACGACUCCUUUUGUACUAUUUUUUUCCUUUGCAGUGACUUUAUAUCAGUUCUAUAGUGAAUGUCAGCUUUGCAACUCCCGUCUUUGGGUUUGAGUCUUUGCAUCCGGCUGGUAUGAUAGGAAUUGAUAAUGUGUAUAAAGAUUGACAUUGAAGAAAACUGUAUAAGGGUAUAAAUAUUUAUAAUUUUCUUAUGAACUGGUGUAGAAAUUUGUAUUAAAAUAAAUUUCAGUGCUUUUAAAUUACAGUAAGAUUAGUGCUUAAAUUAUGGGAUUCUUGAACUGUCCAAACAUUUUUUUUACAUAUUAUGUUCUUCUCGUGUCUUUGUGUUGCUCAUCAAUCUGUUGUGCUCCUUGUGUGAUGCCUCUCGGCCCACCGUGUAUGUGUUUUUUUUGGGUACAGCUGGCCUUUCCGAGUGGCUACUCCUGUGCAAGGUUAGACGAUAAGUAUUGGGUUGCUGCUGACCAUCAGAGCAAGUGCCUUUUCCAGCCGUAUUCUCGAUGCUCAACAUACGCACCAAGAAAGCUGCCUUCUCCGGCUCGAACGGUGGCAUUUCUGCACCCAUGUCCUGUACAUAUAAGUUGCUGUGAUAUCCGUGUGCAGGUUUAGAGAGACCACAUUAAAGCAAUGAUUAGUACCAUAGUUUUCAUCCGAACCCAUUUUUAAUUUAUGGUAUUUUGUCGCCUGCUUGGUGUAUUUAUUUUCUCCGUUUAAAUAAGUUUAUGCUUUGAAAUGAUUCAAUGUUGCUGUAAUGAGAUUUUAAUUUGAAACAAAUAAAUUGUAUACCA